AUGGCAGAUGCCGGUCUGAGGGAGGUCCUAGAUGAACAUAAGAUCAGUCUGAAGAGCAGAUGUGAACAUGUGACUGAAGGAAUUGAUGAAACAGGAAGUAAAACCCCCCUCAACAGGAUCUACACUGAGCUCUUCAUCACAGAGGGACUGAGUGAAGAGGUUGAUACCCAACAUGAGGUGAGGCAGCUGGAGACAGCGUCCCGGAUGAAGAGCCUCCAUGACACUCCAAUCAGGUGCCAGGACAUCUUUAAAGCCUUACCUGACCAACGUGGAGCCAUCAGAGUGGUUCUGACGAGCGGCGUCGCUGGUGUGGGGAAAACCUUCUCGGUUCAGAAGUUCUCUCUGGACUGGGCCGAGGGCUCCGAGAACCAAGAUGUCACCGUGGUGAUUCUGCUCUCGUUCAGGGAGCUGAACCUGAUCAGAGAUGAGCAGUUCAGUCUUCUCAGGCUGAUCCAGGUUUUCCAUCCAUCGUUACAGAAGCUCACAGCAGAGCAGCUGGCUGCCGGGAAACCGUUGUUCAUCUUUGACGGCCUGGAUGAAAGCAGAAGUUCACUGGACUUCAACAACGGUCCGGUCGUGUCUGACGUCACACAGAGCUCAUCGGUCAACGUGCUGCUGACCAACCUCAUCCAGGGGAACCUGCUUCCCUCAGCUCUCAUCUGGAUAACCUCCAGACCUGCAGCAGCCUAUCAGAUCCCUCAGAAACACGUGGACAGGGUGACAGAAGUCCGAGGCUUCACCGACGGCCAGAAGGAGGAAUACUUCAGGAGGAGGUUCAGGGAUGAAGAGCGGUCCAGCAGCAUCGUCUCCCACAUGAAGACAUCCAGAACCCUCCACAUCAUGUGUCAACUCCCGGUCUUCUGCUGGAUCACUGCUUCAGUUCUGGACCACAUGUUGACCACAGAGCAGAGAGGAGAGCUGCCCAAGACCCUGACUGACAUGUUCUCACACUUCCUGCUGGUCCAGACCAAGAGGAAGAAGAACAAGUACCAGGAGGGACAUGAGAAGAGUCCACAGGAGCUGACGGAGGCUGACAGGGACCUUCUCCUGAAGCUGGGGAGGCUGGCGUUUGAACAUCUGGAGAAAGGAAACAUCAUGUUCUACCAAGAAGACCUGGAGCAGUGUGGUCUUGAUGUCACAGAGGCCUCGGUGUACUCAGGAGUUUGUACCCAGAUCUUCAGGAGAGAGUGUGAGAUCUUCCAGAAACCUGUCUAUUGCUUUGUUCAUCUGAGCAUCCAGGAGUUCCUGGCUGCAGUUUACAUGCUCCACUGUUACUCCACCAGAAACACAGAUGUGCUGAAGAACUUCCUGGGAGGAAACUACAUAUAUUCAACUCUGGAUGACUUCCUGAAGAAAGUCUUGCGUAAAUCCCUGAAGAGUAAAAAUGGCCACCUGGACCUGUUUGUUCGCUUCCUUCAUGGUCUUUCUGUGGAGUCCAACCAGAGACUGUUAGGAGGUCUGCUGAACCAGACGGGAAACCGUACAGAAACCAUCCAGACAGUCAUCAACAACCUGAAGAAGAUGAUCACUAACAGCAGCUCUCCCGACAGAAUCAUCAACAUCAUCCAGUGUCUGAUGGAGAUGAACGACCUCUCAGUUCAUCAGCAGAUCCAAGAGUUCCUGAAGUCAGAGAACAGGUCAAAGAAGAAACUCUCUCAGAUCCAGUGUUCAGCUCUGGCCUACAUGCUGCAGAUGUCAGAGGAGGUUCUGGAUGAGUUGGACCUGAGCAAGUACAACACAACACCAGGGGGUCGACUGAGACUGAUUCCAGCUGUGAGGAACUGCAGAAAGGCUCGGUUGGAGGGUUGCAGUUUGUCAGAGAUCAGCUGUUCUUCUCUGGUCUCAGUUCUGAAGUCCAACCCCUCCCAUCUGAAACAUCUGAAACAUCUGGACCUGAGCUGGAACAAGCUGCAGGAUUCAGCAGUGAAACAUCUGUGUGGUUUCCUGAAGAGUCCAGACUGCAGACUGGAGACUCUGAGCUUGCAGUGCUGCGGUCUGUCAGAGAUCAGCUGUUCUUCUCUGGUCUCAGCUCUGAAGUCCAAGCCCUCCCGUCUGAAACAUCUGGACCUGAGAUUCAACUACAAGCUGCAGGAUUCAGAUGUGGAGCAGCUGUUUGACCUGGUGGAGAGUCCAGACUACCAGCUGCAGACUCUCAGGUCGGAGCGCUGCAGUUUGUCAGAGAUCAGCUGUUCUUCUCUGGUCUCAGUUCUGGAGUCCAACCCCUCUGAUCUGAAACAACUGGACCUGAGUAACAACAAGCUGCAGGAUUCAGAUGUGAAACAGCUGUGUGGUUUCCUGGAG